AUGCAGGAUUCUGUACUGAAUCGCAUUGCUCGUUCGGCAGGAUUGAAUAUGGUUAUUCAAGUGCUGAAUAGACUCUUUUCCUUUCUAAUCAAUGCGAUCCUUAUUCGGUUUGUGUCCAUAGAACUGAUCGGAGUCGUAAAUGUGAGACUCUCUCUCUUUGCUACAACCGUUGUAUUUCUGUCACGUGAACCGAUUCGAAAGGCUUGCCUGGACAAGGGGAAAGAGGAGUGGAGCAAGGUGAAUCAACUUGUAUGGUUGGCUGUACCUACUGGCGUAGUAAUUUCUAUCGUCACUUCACUCAUUUGGCUCUAUGUACUUCCUGAUCCACAGGUCGCUUUCUACAAACAAUCCAUUUUCGUAUUUGCUCUCUCUUCCAUCAUCGCGCUUUGCUCGGAAGUGGGAUAUGUUCUCACACAAAUGACGCUUCACACCAACGUGAAAGUCUUCGUCGAAAGCACAUCCCUCUCCAUCCGAAGCAUCACAAACUGCAUCCUCCUCUGCCUUUUUCCGUCUCUGGGACUCAAAGGAUUCUGUAUCGGCGAGUUCGUCUAUGCUCUCUGCUUCCCUCUACUCUAUGCAGUGCAGAUCGAACGUCUUCUACACAAUCCAGAAACGAGCUCCUCGCUUCCUAUCAAGUCCUUCGCCGAACUCCUUCCCUCCUUUACACUACCAACGGAUUCCUCCAAAGUGCUCUUGCUCUUCUUUAGACAGUCCCUACUGAAGCAGCUUCUAACCGAGGGAGAGCGAUACAUUCUCAGCUUCAGCUCGAUUUCAAUGCACGACCAAGGCGUUUUCGACAUUGUUAACAAUCUCGGCUCGCUCUUCGCUCGCUUCUUAUUCCAGCCCCUCGAAGAAGGGUUCUAUCUCUAUUUCUCCCGUGAGGGAAACCGAACGGGAACCAAAAACCAAACCAUUCUGCACGUUUGUCUCCUCCUUCUCCGCUGCCUGUCCUACUUUGGAUGCAUCGUUAUUGGCUUCGGCUAUCCCUAUGCUUCGGUGCUUCUCUUCCUCUACGGAGGACACCAGCUCGCCACCUCGAUUGCAGUAACGCUGCUUCGCGUCUACUGCGUUUACGUUCUGUUUCUUGGACUGAAUGGCAUUUCGGAAGCUUUCUUCAUGGCCACAGCCGAACCCUCGCGUCUCGAACGCUACAAUUUCGAUAUGAUUCUCUUCUCGAUCGCGUUUGUACUCGCUGCUCGCAUUUGCACGCCGUUCCUCGGCUCUGUUGGAUACAUCGUGGCGAAUAUCGUCAAUAUGGGAUGUCGCUGUAUCCAUCACUUCGGCUACUUGUCUCAAUAUGCGGAGAAGCCCGUGAUUCGAGACAUUGCCGUAGCGCCAGUGUGGCUCGUCUAUGAAAUUGGUGUGUGCGCAAUUCUGGGAUAUCUCGAGACUUUUUUCAAGCCGUUCUCGAUGCGUUCGGUUCUGUUUUUUGUCGGAAUCGGAGCGUGCGCUGGGAUCUCGGUUCUCCUCGUGAUGUGGCUGGUCGAUUCAGCAUCGAUCCAAGCCGCUCGAACGAUUUUCUCAAAGGAAACAAAGCCAGCUGCGAAAUUGGAGUAA